AUUUGCCAUUCAAGCAAGAUGGCUGCCUCCAUCGAGAGCCUCCUCUCGGAGUUGUCGGGACUCGAAGAUCCAGUAGAAGAAUUGAAAAAUUUAAGAACAGUGGUUUUAGCAACACCACUAGAAACGCUGAAAGAGACUGUGCCUGGCCUGCAACUUGAAAUAAUAUUCUCUCUUUUAAACACCAAUGACAGGGAACAAACUGAGCUGUGUGUAGUUAUUUUGGGGCGCAUUCUGCAAGCGCUGGACCCGGUUCACCUGGCUCAGAACUGCAGAAAUGAACUUCAAGCCGGACUGAUCCACUCGGAUGACUCCGUCAAAGCUCUGGCCAUUUCACAAGUUGUGCGGAUUGUCGAGCACACUCAAGCUGUCACAGAAAUUCUCAACAGUCAAGAUCUGUUAAAGACAGUAAUCCAUAACAUUGGUGGAGAAAAAAUUUCUGUGGCCAAAGAGGCUAUUCAAGCUCUCUCCAAACUUACUCUUACGAAAGUGGGCUUAGAUGCGCUCUUCCAGAGCAAUUUACUGGAGCACUUAAAGGAUGUGAUGGCCAUGAACGAUGUUGUCCGAUACAGAGUAUAUGAGCUGGUCGUAGACAUCGCCUCGGUCUCACCGGUUUCCCUCGGUUACUGUGCCAAUGCCAGCUUCAUCUCACAGCUGUUUGCCGAAAUCACUGGUGAUGAUGUGCUCGUUAGAGCCACAGCGAUUGAGAUGGUCACUACUCUUGCUCAGAGUCAGCAUGGCCGCCAGUACCUGGAGCAGCAAGGCAUCAUGGACAAAAUCUCCAACAUGGUCAUUGGGGCCGAGUCAGACCCCUUUUCCAGUUUCUAUCUGCCAGGGUUGGUGAAGUUCUUCGGCAGCCUGACGGUCAUGGACAGCCCCCAGCAGAUUUGCGAGUGCUACCCGGCAUUCCUGCGGAAAGUGUUCGAGAUGACAGUGGACCAGGAUCCAGUGAUGGUGGGGGUGGCUCUGGACACACUGGGAGUAGUGGGAUCGACCGUGGAAGGCAAACAGGUGCUGCAUAAAGCAGGUGUGGAGUUCCAGCGUGUGUUGAAACAGAUGAGCCAGCUGGUCCGAAAUGCGCCCACAGACCUGCGAGUACGCUGCCUGCAGGCUUUGGCCCUUCUCCUCAGCCUGCCGGCCGAGCAGCAGACUGAAGACCUUCUGGGCUUGACUGAGUCCUGGUUUGAUUCCCUGUCCAACCAGCCCAUGCACAUGUUCCAGAGCAUCAGCAGCCAACCUUUUCCUGAGCUCCACAUUGGAGCCCUGCGCAUCUUCACAGCUGUAGCGAAUCAGCCCUGGGGCCAGAAGCUGAUGAUGGUCACGCCAGGCUUCGUGGAGUUUAUUGUCGACCGUUCAACAGGACCAAGCAAAGAGAUGAAAGACGCCAAGUUCGAGCUGGUGAAGGCGCUGGCGAAUUCUGCGUCCACGGCCGAGAUCUUUGGCAACCAGAACUAUCUCCGUCUGCGGACGUACAUGCGCGAGGGCCCGUACUAUGUGAUGGCCGUGUCAUCGGUCACAGUGGAAGGGGCCGACUGAGAGCCAGCCGCACUAAGCAGUCACUCCUCUUUAUAUGGAGGAGGACGUUACAACCGUCUCAUGUAUGAAAAGACAAUGUUCCUGUUUUUGUAACUUGCGCCCAUUAAAUGCACUAUUUUUUUGUAUUUCUUUGAUAUUAUCUAAGUGAUAUUAAAACACCAACCAGGCUUAUUGUCUUUGUCCCAGUGAAUAAGUAAGAUCUACUGAGACAGGAAAAUUUGAAUCUUUAAAUGUUUCUGCUUGGCGAAAAAUGACGAUGUUCACCGCUGGACAGUAAAGUAUUUUCACUUGUUGCAGUGCAGGUGGUGUCAAGCCAAUGGGUCUUUGAGGAUUCAUUAGUUAUUAAGGACUGAUUCUGGAGGCUUGUUUUUCUUAUCAGUUAACCUAUGGAUGCGGAGUGAUCACUUACUGUCUGCUUCUGUAAUACACCCCCGGGUGUCUGAGUGGGUGUUUUCGUUUUCAUACAGGGCUCCGUUUCUGAGAAGCACUUAAGUCUUGCAGCUGUUCACUCACUCUUGCCGCUGCCGAGGUUUAUGACCUGCUGUCAUUUGUCUUCAUCCUAUUGUGAUACUUCUAUAAAAAUCGUCCUUCACUUGCA